AUGUCUUUACGGGAAGCAAACGCGUUCUGCAUGCAGAAGAGUGUCCGACUGGUGCCAGGAGUCACGCUGGAUUUAAUAGAGAAGAUUCCUGGAAGACUGAAUGACAGGAGAACUCCGCUGGGAGAGCUGAAUUGGAUCUUCACCGCUAUCACAGAUACCAUUGCAUGGAAUGUCUUGCCCAGAGAUCUUUUCCAGAAGCUCUUCAGGCAAGACCUGCUUGUGGCCAGUUUAUUUCGGAACUUCCUCCUGGCAGAAAGAAUUAUGAGAUCGUACAACUGCACCCCGGUCAGCAGCCCUCGCCUACCUCCCACCUACAUGCACGCCAUGUGGCAAGCAUGGGACCUUGCGGUUGAUAUUUGCCUUUCCCAACUACCUACAAUUAUAGAGGAAGGAACUGCCUUUCGG